AUCUACCUUGGGUCGCUGGCAAAUCUAUGUUUUCGAAACGUGCUUAUUUUAAAUAUAGACGUAUAUAGUGUUGCAAAUAAAAUAUAUAUAUAUUUUAAGAGGCAAAUGGCGAAAAAGGUAGUGACAUUAAAUUUGAAUUCAGUGGAAGAAAGAUCUAAGAAGAUGGCUGCAGAAGACGCGGAACAGAUAUCAAGGUUGCGGCCAUCGCAGUCCCCCAUAGCCAUUUCCCUACAAAGGUGCCCCACUUGGACGUCCCUUGAGCCUUUGAAUUUCCAAGGGUAUUGGGACAAUGAGUCAAAUGGAGUGCUGGUGAAUACAGGAUCCACAGCAUACUUCACUUUCGACGCGUCUGCCAUUCGUCCAAAACUGAAUGGGGGUCCACUACUGGGUGACUAUAUCUUCGAACAGAUGCACUUCCACUGGUCUGUGGAUGACUUUACUGGGUGUGAACACGUGCUUGAUGGACGAGGAUAUGCAGCCGAAUGCCACUUCGUGCAUUACAAUAGUAAAUAUCAAUCAAUGGAGGCGGCUAUUGGCUACCCCGAUGGCCUAGCGGUCGUCGGCUUCCUUCUACAAGUGGUCGACGUUCCGAACCCGAGCUUUGACAAACUGGUUGAAGCUUUGGUGGUUAUCCCUAAGAGCGAACACUCGGCUAAAGUCACGGCAGAAUCCCUCUCAUGGAUGAACAGGCCAGACCUAUAUGAGGGUAACUAUGUAACAUACAAAGGGUCUCUGACUACCCCGCCUUACACCGAAUGCGUCACAUGGAUUAUUUAUGAGAAGCCAUUGCAGAUCGGCAGUCAACAGCUGGGGCCUCUCAGGCAUUUAGAAGGUCCAGAUAGCAAGCCAAUUGAGAGGAACAACCGCCCCACACAGCGACACCCCCCGGGCCUGUCAGUUAUAUACGUCAAACAAACGCCGCAAUUGAAAUCUAAGAUAUGACAAUUUUUUUAUAAUAAAGCACGUUUCGGUACACGUA